AUGCACAACGACAUCGGCAACUUUGUGGCCCUGUACGUGCCGUGGAAAUGCUCCAGGAGCAACCGCAUCAAUGCUACCAGGGACCACACGUCCAUCCAGAUGAAUGUGGCAGAGGCUGACAGGGGCACAGGUCAGUUUAAUGGCCAGUUUAAAACCUACAGCAUCUGCAGGGCCAUUUGCAAGUCAGAUGAUUCUAUUCUCCCAUUGGCUAAGGCUGACGGAAUUGUCUCAAAGAACUUUUGAGCAGAAGAAAUCAGGAAUAAUUUGUUAUAAAUAAAAGUGAUAA